UCGCGUCAAUCUUGUUUGGUGUGUGGUGCGUGCUUGAAGCACGGUGCGUAGGUGGAAUAUCGAAACGUUUCAAGAAUUGAUUUUAUUUAAAUAUCUUUAAACUGUAAAAAAAACGUCCAAAAGUACGCAAAUGUCUGAAUCAGAUUUAUUAGCUAAUGACCAUAUUGAUGGCCUUGAUGGACUUGAAAAUGGUCAAGAUGGUGAUGCUAUUAUGCAGUGUGACGCAGUUAAACGCGAAUUGAAUGAAGCAAAUAUAGAUGAUCCAGAACUGGAAGCUAUAAAGGCGCGAGUCAGAGAGAUGGAAGAAGAAGCUGAGAAAUUAAAACAACUUCAGUCGGAGGUGGAUAAACAGAUGAACAUGGGUAGUCCACCCGGAAUCACAAGUCCAUUGAACAUGUCGCUCGAGGAUAAAAUGGAAGUUGAUAAUCGAUCUAUAUACGUUGGAAAUGUAGAUUAUGGUGCAACAGCCGAAGAAUUAGAACAACAUUUUCAUGGCUGUGGUAGUGUCAACAGAGUAACAAUACUAUGUAACAAAUACGAUGGUCAUCCAAAAGGUUUUGCAUACAUUGAAUUUGCUGAACGUGAUUCCGUACAAACGGCCAUGGCUAUGGACGAAUCCAUGUUUAGAGGACGUCAGAUAAAAGUUAUGCCAAAACGAACAAAUAGACCAGGACUUUCUAUAACAAAUAGGGGGCCUAGGGGUGUACGCGGUUAUCGUGGUAUGGCUCGAGGGAUAAUUCGUGGCAGUGCAUACUUCGGAUACAGACCUACUAGGAGACUAAGAAGUUACAGGCGAGGCUACUACAUGCCCUACUAAUCAUUUUAAACUAUAGUGCUAUGGUUUCGACAAUUUCAAG